ACCUAAAUUGUAAGCCUCAACUCAAGCAUAACUAGUUUGGAUUUUACAUGAUGAUUUCAAACAUUGGCUCAGUUUUUUUUUUUGCAAGGGUUUAUGAAAUUAUUUAGUGUGAGAUGCCAAAAAUAUUCGGGUUCGGAUCAACAUGGGUUUGGUAAACGGGUCCUUCAAAACUUCACAGUUCAUAAUUUCAGAGCAUAACAUCAAUGGUUUUUCUACUCAAAAUUGACUCCAUUAAUCCCCAAAAUUGACCUCUUUCUCUCUCUAAUGUCCAAAAGAUUACUCUCUCUCAUCAAACCUCGCCAAAACCUCAACUCAAAAUCCGCAAAAACUCCUUUUUAUGAACCUAAUAUCAAGAAAUUGGCGAAUAAAACUUGCGAAUUACUCAAAACCCACAAAAAUUGGGAGCAAACCCUCGAAACCCUUCUUUCUGAAGAAUCAAUUGAUGCCUCAGAAAUUGCCCAUCUCGUUUUUGAUCGAAUUCAGGACGUUGGUUUGAGUUUAAAGUUUUAUGAUUGGUUUUCUCAUCGAAAAUACUGUUCUCCACUUGAUGUGUAUGCGUUUUCUUCUCUUCUUAAGAUAUUAGGGAUUAAUAGAUUGUUUGCUGAGGUUGAAAAUGUGCUAAUUUGCAUGAAAAAUGAGGGUGUUUUGCCUACUAUUGAAGCUUUUGAUGUGUUAAUUCAAGCUUAUGUUGAUGCUAAGUUGGUUAAUAAAGCUAGGGAGUUGUAUAUAUUUGUAAAUGAUAAGUUUAAUUGUAUGCCUAGUGUUUAUUCUUGUAAUUCGUUGCUUAAUGGUUUGGUGAAGAAUGGUGAUGUUAAGAUUGCACUGGAAGUGUAUGAUGAAAUGCUUGAGAGAGAUGGUGGUGGUGGGAAGUGUUGUUUGGAUAAUUAUAGUACGAGUGUAGUGGUGAGGGGUUUGUGUGAGCGAGGAAAGGUUGAGGAGGGGAGGAAGUUGAUUGAGGAUAGGUGGGGAAAGGGUUGUGUACCAAAUGUUGUGUUUUAUAAUACUUUGAUUAAUGGCUAUUGUAAGAGAGGCGAGAUUGUAAAGGCGAAGAGGGUUUUACAAGAGAUGGAGUUAAAAGGUUUUUUGCUGACUGUGGAGACGUAUGGAGCUAUGAUAAGUGGAUUUUGCAAAGAAGGGGAUUUUGAGGAGGUUGAUAGACUUUUAACGGAGAUGAAAAUGAGGGGUUUGAAGGUCAAUCUUCAGAUUCAUAAUAAUAUAAUUGAUGCCCGGUAUAAACAUGGUUGUUCAGUGGAGCCUUACGGCAUGCUUAGAAAAAUCAUGGACAAUCACUGUAAGCCAGAUAUCAUGACGUAUAAUAUUCUAAUUUCAGGGUUAUGUGGUAUUGGGAAGGUUGAGGAAGCUAAUGCACUUUUAGGGCAGGCUGUUAGAAGGGGUUUGACGCCAGAUCAAUAUAGUUAUACUCCUUUUAUUCAUUUCUAUUGCAAACAAGGCGACCCUGAUAGGGCUUCUUGUUUUCUCAUUGAAAUGACAGAGAGAGGUCAUAUACCUGAUAUGGUUACUUAUGGAGCUCUUGUGCAUGGCCUUGUUGUGAGUGGUGAGAUUGAAGCUGCAUCAAACAUUCAGAAGCGAAUGAUUGAGAGGGGAAUUAUCCCUGAUGCUGGAAUCUACAAUGUUCUUAUGAGUGGAUUAUUUAGAAAAGGGAUGAUGUCUGCUGCAAAACAGUUGCUUUGUGAGAUGCUUGACCAUAAUGUACAUCCCCAUGCAUUUGUCUACACAACAUUGGUUGAUGGCUUUGCCAGAAACGGUAAUCUUGAUGAAGCGAAAAAGAUCUUUGAACUUGCUAUUGAAAAAGAUUUGGAUCCUGGGGUUGUGGGAUACAAUGCCAUGAUCAAGGCAUAUAGCAAACUUGGGAAAAUGAAUGAUGCAAUGCUCUACUUCAGGAAAAUGACACAGAGACACAUCUCUCCGGAUGUAUAUAGUUAUUCAACAUUAAUAGAUGGCUAUGUCAAGCAACAUGAGUUGAAUAAUGCAUUGCGGAUGUUCAGAGAGAUGAUUGAAAAGAAACUUAAACCAAAUGUGGUCACUUACACAUCUCUUAUUAAUGGGUAUUGUCGCCAAGGCAAUUUAGUUGGAGCUGAGAAAGCUUUCAAGGAGAUGCAAUGCCAUGGUUUGUUGCCUAACGUUAUCACUUAUAGCAUACUUAUUGGUGGAUAUUGCAAGGGGGGCUAUCUUUUCAAAGCAGUAUCCACAUUUGAAAGGAUGCUGAUUAAUAAAUGCACCCCAAACGAUGUUACAUUUAAUUAUUUAGUUAACGGAUUUACAAAUGCUGUGCCUGCUGCAAUGGUUGAGCAGGAUAGUGGAACUGAGGAGCUCGAAAAUUCAAUAUUUCUGAAUCUAUAUAAAAGAUUGCUUUCAGAUGAUUUACCUCCAAGAAAGUCGGUAUAUAUUUGCAUUCUCAUCUGCCUUUGCCAGCACAGAAUGCUCACAACUGCUUUGCAGCUGACACAAAAAAUUAUGAGUAGGAAAAUCCUUGAAGAUUCAUUUACUUUCAUUGUUUUGCUUCAUGGUAUCUGCCUGGUAGGACGAUCAAGGGAAUGGAGAAAUUUGAUCAAGUGUAAUUUGAAAGAGCUGGACAUUCAUAUUGCUUUGGGGUACUCAAAGUUGUUGGAUAUGCACCUCCCAGAAGGGAUAUCACCUGAUGCUUCAUUCAUCUUACAGCAGUUAACUGAGGAUUGCAAGUUUAACAGCCAUGAAGAAGAUCAUCGUACAGCUUCUGUGUGUUAGUGGAAACGAAACUUAUAUUCUAAUAUCGUACAAACCAAUCAAUGACAAAACUUUUGGGUCCAAGCGAGUGCUUAUGCUGGAAUUCCCAUUGGCGGAUUAUGCUGUGUUCUUCUUUGUCAUUUGGUAUGACCCAUGAACUUAAAUGAUCAGUGGUUGAUUGAUGAUAGAAGAGGACGUUUUGAGGGACUAGCUCUAUACUCAUCCCAAGAGCAUCAUGCUCUAUGCUCUUCUGGCUUGUGCAGGCUUUGUUGCGAAAUGCAGAUUGACUGUGUUUGUGAUGCGCCCUGCAACUUUAUGAGUUGGCAUAGCUGGCUGGAGGUCUGCAGCUUCUUUUGCACAAAACAUGGUAAGCUCUCUUGAAUUUCUUAAUGGAAAGACAGAAGCUGAAACGUUGUACAACUUUUUUCUUUUUUUUGAAGGAAAGGUGCUGUGCAAUAGGUUAAGGGAGGGACAAAGUGGCCAUGAACAAGUCUGGCGAGAUUAUGAAACACACAAUUGCCAACCUUACGCACGUGAGCCACGCGAUUGUACUUCAUUUACAUAGCUACAUCCCUAUUUUUUUUUGGUAUUAAGUAAGAGUAAAGAUAAGGAGUGCCUACUAUUAGAAAUUUUGAACAUUAUACUAUUGUCCUAGGUCCAUUUUGACAUCCUUGGUCAGAAAUCAGCCUUAUUUUGGAGAUUCGACACCAGAUACAGGUUACAUCACCUGCCGACGUUUUAUUAUGCCUUCUGCUUUCAUGGAUUCAAGAAAGGGUUGUGCCUACGUUCACAUUGGCUUACGAACAAAUAUUUAGGGCUCGAUCCUCGGAUGAAGGGCAAGGAAGAACGUCACUGAGUGGCCCUUGUUAGACAUGGUGCUAUGUACCAGCAAUAUGUAAAGCAGACGAUUGAAUUUCAAGAGCAUAUCCAACUUUAUUGAUUUAUGUAAAUGUAUCUUGUUGAUUUAGUGUAAUUAAAGAUGAAAGAACAAUCAUUGUGAUUUUGUAAAUAAUAGUUCUAGCAUUACCUAUUUCAUCUUAGCAGUGUUGCUAAUGUACAAAUGGGAUAAAAGAAAGUAAAUCACAAGUUUGCGUUUGGUUUCGUGAAAAACGAGAUUAAGUUUAUUUUUUAAUUAUCCAAAGAUUAUGAAUCUACUCCCUCUUUUAAUU